AUGUAUGGUUUAGUGGUUCAAUUACUAGUAGGACAAUUAGUAUAUCAAAUACAAAGGGCAUACGGAUCACAACUGAACGGCGAGGAUUUGAACCAAGUCAUUAAUUACCUCCUCAAGCAGAAACAAUACAGUGAUAGACAUAGCCACUUGCAUAAAUCCCACCAAAAAGAUGAAUUGGAGAAAAGCCACAAUACAUGGCAAAGCGGCAAAGGAAAGAUCGGCCUCGGUAAUGCAGAAGCAACACCCGCUGAUUUGGACGAGGAGAAAUUAAAGAGCGUUCUUACGCAAUUGUACAAUCACAACGGUUCUAGUAAAAAAUCGAAUCGUCAUUUCCAUUCUAAAGAUAGCGACGUUAGCAAUAAUCCCGAUGGAUAUUCUAAAGUUUAUUUGGUCUUGGAUCCGCAAGCUAAAAUUAAAGCCGCAGACGUGAAGCGAAUAGGAGAAAUAGUGACGUCUCUAAUAUCGGAUAAAUCCCAAUUGAAACAAAAAGCCCGGGCGGGGGAACGUCGCUACAAAGGUUUUGUAUUAAUGGAUGAUUUUUUUGCGAGACGACGAAACAGAGAUUCCAAAGAAAAAUUUUCAAAGGAUUCAAUUGAACGUGAUUACAAGCCAAAGCGAGCGCGCAGCGAAUACGGCGGAGGGAGCGGUCGAACCGCCAUCCCCUACAUACGCCACCGAGGAGACAUCUACGAGAAGGAGUAA